AUGGAUCCUCUCCUGCCAGAGCUUCCUCCACUGCCAGAGCUCAGCCCCCCACCAUGGGGACUGUAUCUGCCGCUGCCAGAGCUGGAGCCCCAACCUCCAGAGCUGGAACUCCCGAUACCUGAGCUGCCUCAGAUGGACCCUCUCCUUCCAGAGCUUCCUUCUCCUCCAUAUCCUGAGCCACCUCCUGAGAUACCUCCUGAUCCAGAGCUGCCUCCAGAGGUGGAGCCGCCACUGCCAGAGCUGGAGCCCCAACCUCCUCCAGAGCUUCCACCUCCUCCAUACCCUGAGCCUCCUCCUGAGCUUCCUCCUCCUGAUCCAGAGAUGGAUCCUCUCCUGCCAGAGCUUCCUCCACUGCCAGAGCUCAGCCCCCCACCAUGGGGACUGCCUCUGCCACUGCCAGAGCUGGAGCCCCAACCUCCAGAGCUGGAGCUGCCAAUACCUGAGAUGCCUCCUCCAAAUCCUGAGCCACCUCCAGAGCUGCCACUUCCAGAGAUGGAGCCUCUCCUGCCAGAGCUUCCUCCUCCUCCAUAUCCUGAGCCACCUCCUGAGAUACCUCCUGAUCCAGGGCUGCCUCCAGAGAUGGAGCUGCCACUGCCAGAGCUGGAGCCCCAACCUCCUCCAGAGCUUCCACCUCCUCCAUACCCUGAGCCUCCUCCUGAGCUUCCUCCUCCUCCAUACCCUGAGCCUCCUCCUGAACUUCCUCCUCCUGAUCCAGAGAUGGAUCCUCUCCUGCCAGAGCUUCCUCCACUGCCAGAGCUCAGCCCCCCACCAUGGGGACUGGAUCUGCCACUGCCAGAGCUGGAGCCCCAACCUCCAGAGCUGGAACUCCCGAUACCUGAGCUGCCUCCUCCUCCAUAA